AUGGACAUUUUGAAAGAAGAAUACAGCAAACAACAAACCCCAUACUUAAAUUGGUUUGGACUCAAGUGCUUUUUGAUCAUAGAUCAUCCUGACGAUAUUCAAAUGGUUAUGACCUCGAAAUCGUGCAUUGAAAAAAGCAACAUAUAUCCCAAUCUAUUCGUUGAAAACAUUGGUCAGCAUAUUGGUAGAGGCAGUUUUGAUAUCUUCCAUUAUUCAUCCGCCUGUGCAAUGGAUAUAAUUUGUGAUUUCGAAUCACCAAAAAUUUUUAUUGAUCGAUUGAUUAAACUGCGGCACGAGGGACUGAUUACUGAAGAAGAUGUUCGGGAUCAAGUAAAUUUCAUUAUGUUUGCCGGACAAGAUACGUCUUCUUUCACAAUUGCGAUGACAAUUUUGCUGUUAGCGAUGCAUCCGAGCAUCGGGAAACGUGUUGUAGAUGAAAUCAAUGAAGUGCUUGAUUAUUUGCCGGUUGAUUCUGAUCUUACAAUGGAACACGUAAACAAGUUGACUUAUCUGGAGCAGGUCAUAAAAGAAACAUUACGAUUGCAUCCAGUGGUGCCUAUCUUGUUCCGUCAUUGCACUGAAUACACAUCAAUGACGAAUUUCGUUAUUUCAAAAGAUACUGAAGUUGUUAUUCCGGCGAUUAGAGCUCAUCGACGCAAAGAUAUUUGGGGUGAAGAUGCCGACGAAUUCAAUCCUGAUCACUUUCCGAAAGAAGUCAGUUCAAAACGAAGUCCAUUCGCAUUUGUGGCUUUCAGUAAUGGCCCCAGAAAUUGCUUCGGUCGUCGAUUUGCUUUCAUUUCCAUCAAAACCACACUGGCCAAAGUACUUCGAAGUUCCAAAUUCUCCACACAUUUGGGAAUGGAUGACCUAAAAUUUCGACUUGAAAUCACCAGCAAACCAGUCAAAAAGGUUUUAAGGUCGAAAUUAUGGAACGCAUACUCCCAUGAAAGUUUUAGUGAUAGUUUGUGA